AUGAUUGGCACACCCAAAGGCGAAGACUCACAAUCUAAACGAUCUUCUGCUGUCCUAGAAAAUCUUGGGGAAAUGAAUCAUCCAGCUGCUGGACCAUCUAUGUUCAAUACAGAAAAGGAGAAAAACCAAGAUGCUCAAAUGUCGGCCUUCCUUAGAGACCAAUCCGAUACUGGAGAUGUUAUUGCGGCCAAAGGACACUCUCCUUCUCACAGUCUAGGCUCCAAUGCCUCUGGUCACAAUAUCGGGACGAUGUCUAGCGAAAGACCAAGACCUAGCUUUAUGAGUAGUCCAUUGGAAUUGACGUCAGACUCAAACUCUCCAGCACAUACUGUCGCAAGAGCCGACAUUCGGGCCUCUGCCGAGAAGAUUCUCUAUACGUUUCUCCUCCCAGGUGCUGAGCGUGAGAUCAUCCUCCCACAUGCCAUCACACAAGACAUCACCAUUUCUAUUGAAGAAAGAGGACGUGACGAUCCAGAAGUAUUUGAUGCAGCUAAGGACUAUGUCUUUCAAGCAAUGGAACGAGAUGCUUUCCCAGGCUUCCUUAGAAUGAAGGCAUUGGGAAACUUAGUUCCUCCUUCCAUGAUGUUGAGAUUGAUUAUUGGUCUACUUUCCAUGUUUGCUGCAUUCUGGGUUGGAUUCAUUUUGAUAUUCCUCAAUUAUCCCCACCAUACUCGUGUUUGGCUCAUCAUCCCGUUUACAAUCGGUGUCUAUGCACUCUGCUCUCACCAGUAUGCUCUUGAUCCUAUUAUUGCCCUGGUCGGAUACAGUGAAUACACAUUCAUGUCCUUUUCUAAGAUCAGGGAACCCUUUGUCCGAAAGCUUCUCAACCGACGUGCCCUUGUGGUCCUCUUGGUUACAGCUAUAGCCGAUGCAGCAUUAGUCUUAUUAUUUGCCUUGGUGCCUGGAAAGAGAUUGUAG